GGAAUGACCUUUAAACGUGGAUCUGUAACACGACCUGGAUCAGUCACAUUAAGAAGUUCCUUUACGUUAAUUAAAAACCAACAAGUCGAUCGAUCCCACACGAGCACCGGACACGGGACGUCACGAGACGACGACUUGAAAAUGCAGAAAAACAAAUCGUGGACAGGAGCUCAGGUGUCCGUGACCGGUCAGACCCAGGAAACCAUCCUGCCUCAGGUCCGGUACCAUCCAUCUAUCCAGACUCCUGGAGAUGGAGCACGGCCCAAAACCACUAAGAAAACUGACACCAGAACCAGUAAGACACAAAGGACCAGACCUGGAGCUGAGCACCCCACUCACACUGGGAUCCAACAUGGGGACAAGACCACCCAGGCUGAUCUGGUUCCUACAGCAAGACCUUAUCGUGGUGGUGGUCGGAACCCCCGUUCUCAGACCCCCGAUCAGAAAACGAAUAAGAAACUAGUUCAGAUGUCUGCCACAGAUCCAGGUUCUUCUCAAAAAGCAGAUCAGGUCUCCAACAGAGCCUGUCCCAGACCAGAGCAGGUUCCUCUGGGUCUGGGGGUCCAGGUUGACAGGGCUCUGGUGAAGGAUGUGGAGGUUCUGACCCGUGGACAGAGGACCAACCAGGACUGGUUUUCCUGGAGGAGGAACCGGAUCACAGCCUCUGUGGCUCACAGCGUCGCUCACUGCCGCUUCGUUCAUGGCAAGAGCCAAACCCCGCCCACCUCCUACCUGACUGCUAUCACAGGCGAGGGCUGCAGGGUCCAGACCAGGGCCAUGAGGUGGGGGGUGGACAUGGAGGCCGAGGUCGUCGGCAGGUACCAGAAGCUCAAGAGUUCGGCGUUGGGUCGGCCAAUCACGGUUCAGGACUGCGGCUUGUUUAUCGACGCCCAGCGGCCGUGGUUGGCUGCAAGUCCUGAUGGGAUUGUGAGGGACAGCCUGACUGGCCAAUGGCUGCUGGAGGUCAAGUGUCCCUACAAACACAGACAAAGACGUGUGGAGGACGCCUGCAGGGACGACCCCGGCUUCUGUCUGGAAAUACAGGACGAUGUGGGACGUGCCGCUGGAGGGUCUCCAGUCUACCAUCUGAAGACGUCUCACAGUUACUUCACACAGAUCCAGUGUCAGCUGGCAGUGACGGGCCUGCGACAGGCCGAUCUCGUAGUCUUCACAACAAAGGAGAUAGCCAUCGUCCCGGUGACCUAUGACCCUGACCUGUGGGGGGAGACGGUGUCCAGACUUGAGAUCUUCUACAGGGACGCUGUCCUCCCUCACCUCAGGGGGAAGACGCAGCAAGAGACGUCAGCAGCCUGGACACCAGAGCAGUAGAGACACCACCAACUGACCACUGGUCAUAUGACCUCUGACCUCACAGUCUUUGGUUUGUCAUCAAAUGUUCAUUCUGACCUUUGGAAAUAAACUCAUUUCCUCAGAUGAUUUUCAUUCUCA